AUGUCCUCGUCAGCAAUACCAGGCGCCCCUGAGCAGCCUCCAGCGCAGGAGAAUGCUGCUGCUGCCGCCAAUACCGACACCCCACUUGGCCCUGAUGGCCAGCCUAUGACAAAAAGUGCGAUGAAAAAAGCCGCGAAGCUCGCAGAAAAGCAAGCCAAGCAAGCUGCCAAGGAUGCUCUCAAGAGCGACAAGCCCGCACAGAACGCUCCCGGUACCGCCGCAGCAAAGAAGGAGAAGCCUAAGAAGGAGGUCAAGGAGGAGCCCGAGUACGUCAACAGCACCGUUCCUGGCGAGAAGAAGGACCUCUCCCAGCCAAUGGAGAGCGGAUACAACCCGCUCCAUGUCGAGCAGAGCUGGUACCAGUGGUGGGAGAAGUCUAACCACUUCAAGCCCGCAGAACCCACAGAGUCCGAUCCAUACGACCCCGAAAAGACAUUCGUUGUCCCUGCGCCACCUCCCAACGUCACUGGCUCGCUUCACAUUGGUCACGCCCUAACCAUCUCUAUUCAGGACACCUUGAUUCGAUGGUACCGCAUGAAUGGCUUCAGGACGCUCUUCAACCCUGGUUACGACCACGCCGGUAUUGCCACCCAGAGUGUCGUUGAGAAGCGUCUUGCCAAGACCGAAGGCAAGUCGCGCUACGACUACGGCCGUGAGAAGUUCCUCGAAAAGGUCUUCGAGUGGAAGGAUGACUACCAAGCCCGAAUCUCCAACCAGAUGCGUCGCCUUGGUGCCUCGUACGAUUUCUCCCGAGAAGCAUUCACCAUGGAUGCUCCUCGCUCCAAGGCCGUCACGGAAGCUUUCGUAAAGCUCCACGAAGACGGUAUCAUCUACCGUGCCAACCGUCUCGUCAAUUGGUGCUGCAAGCUCCACACCACCCUCUCCAAUCUUGAAGUCGACCAGAAGCAGCUCAAUGGUCGCACAUUGAUGAACGUUCCCGGCUACCCUGCCAACGAGCGCAUCGAGUUUGGUGUCAUUGUCAGCUUCGCUUACCAGAUCGAGGGCAGCGACGAGAAGAUCAUCGUCGCCACCACCCGUCCCGAGACCAUGCUUGGUGAUACCGCCGUUGCCGUCCACCCCGACGACCCGAGAUACAAGCACCUUCACGGCAAGAACGUCGUCCAUCCCUUUGUCCAGGGCCGUAAGAUCCCCAUCGUUGCCGACUCGAUCAUUGUUGACAUGGAGUUCGGUACUGGUGCCGUCAAGAUCACCCCUGCUCACGAUCCCAACGAUUACGAAGUCGGCAAGCGCCAUGACCUCGAGUUCAUCAACAUCCUCAACGACGACGGUACCCUCAAUGAGAACUGCGGCGAGUUCGCUGGCAUGAAGCGUUUCUCUGCCCGACGAGUUGUCAUCGACAAGCUUAAGGAGAUUGGCAACUACAUCGAGACAAAGGACAACCCGAUGACUGUUCCCAUCUGCUCUCGAUCUGGCGAUGUGAUUGAGCCCAUCAUGAAGCCUCAGUGGUGGGUCAACUGCAAGCCCCUUGCUGCCAAGGUCAUCGAGCGUGUCCGUGCUGGCGAGAUGACCAUUGUCCCCAACGUCUCCGAGAAGGAGUUUUUCCGAUGGAUGGAGAACAUCCAGGACUGGUGCAUUUCCCGUCAGCUCUGGUGGGGUCACCGAUGCCCCGUUUACUUUGUCAACAUUCAGGGCGGCUCUCAGGACCGCAGCGACGAGAAACUCUGGGUUUCUGGCAGGACACACGAGGAAGCUCAGGAGCGUGCAGACAAGCUCGCAAACGGCAAGAGCUUCACCCUGGAGCAGGAUGAGGAUGUUCUCGACACCUGGUUCAGCUCUGGUCUCUGGCCCUUCUCUAUCAUGGGCUGGCCUGAAAAGACAGACGACUUCAAGCACUUCUACCCCUCUUCGUUGCUCGAGACCGGUUGGGACAUCCUCUUCUUCUGGGUGGCGAGGAUGUGUAUGCUUGGUGUCUACCUCACCGGCACUCUGCCCUUCAAGGAGGUCUUCUGCCACGCCAUGGUUCGUGACGCUCACGGACGAAAGAUGUCCAAGUCGCUCGGUAACGUCAUCGACCCUCUCGACGUCAUUGAGGGUAUCACCCUCGACGGCUUGCACACCAAGUUGAAGGAGGGCAACCUUGACGACAAGGAGAUCGCCAAGGCCGCUCAGGGUCAGAAGAAGGACUUCCCCAAGGGUAUCCCUCAGUGCGGUACCGAUGCUCUCCGCUUCGCCCUCUGCGCCUACACCAGCGCCGGUCGUGACAUCAACCUUGACAUUCUCCGUGUCGAAGGUUACCGCAAGUUCUGCAACAAGCUCUGGAACGCCACCAAAUUCGCUUUGCUCAAGCUUGAACCCAUUGCUUCCUUCCAGCCCACUUCGAGCGAGGAGCCAAGUGGUGAUGAGUCGCUCGUCGAGAAGUGGAUCUUGCACAAGCUCAACAAUGCUAGCAAGACUGUCAACGAGUGUCUCAAGGAGCGCAACUUCAUGGCUGCCACCUCGGCUGUCUACAACUUUUGGCUCUACGAGCUUUGCGACGUCUACAUUGAGGCCAUCAAGCCCAUCACUGACCCCUCGGCUUCGGAUGCCAAGGCACGGGCCAGCGCUCAGCAGACCCUUUACACCUGUCUUGAUUCCGGUCUGAAGUUGCUUCACCCCUUCAUGCCCUUCGUUACCGAGGAGUUGUGGCAGCGAUUGCCUCGCCGUGCAGGUGAGAAGGCUGAGAGUAUUGCUCUUGCCAGCUACCCCGUCUACAUGGCCAGCCGUGAUGACGCCACUGCAGAGGCUUCGUUCGAGGAAGUCUUUGCUGCCGUCCGCGCGAUCCGUGGUAUGUGUACCGAUUACAACCUCCUCAAGGACGUUCAGGUUUUCCUCGAGACCUCGGACGCUUCGUUCCAGCAGACUCUCAAGGGCUCUUCCGAGGUCGUCACAACUCUUGUUAAGGGUUGCACCUCGGUCACUGUUGCCCCCAACGCCUCUGAGGUCCCCAAGGGUUGCGCUGUCUCUUCGAUCUCGUCUCGCCUUAAUGCACACCUGUUGAUCCGUGGUCUUGUUAACAUCGACCAGGAGUUGGCCAAGCUCGACAAGAAGUUACAGCUCAACGCCGUUGGUAUCGAGAAGAUCUCGGCCCCAAUGAACAAGCCUCAGGAGUGGUCGCGAAUGCCUCAAGAGGUCAAGGACUCCACCGCGGAGAAGUUAAAGAACUUGGAGGCUGAGAAGCAGGCUAUGCUUGCCGCCAAGGCUCAGUUCGAGAGCAUUCGCGAUGACUAA